AGUCUACCACUUGCUUGGGUUAUUAGUGCAACUGCUAUAGCCACCAAUGGAAUUUACAUGCUGUCAAAGGCUGGGUGCCAAUGCUGAAGAGAUUAACUACGAACUGGAACCCGGAGAAAUUUACAUUCCGGACGAUUUAAACUCUUCUUUAUCCACUAGAUUUUCAAGGAUAGUAAAUAGGCUCAGUUAUUUAUUAUUUUAUUACUUUUCUGACGAGUAUAUCAAAGAGGAUGACUUUUUUGAAAACUUACUAAAGGCAAACGAAAAGGGGUUCAUCUCAAUAGAAUUUCUGAGGACCACUUUUGUUCUAAUUCAGGAACUUGACUGUCCGAAGGAAUUAUUUUCUCUGGCAACUUCAAAUGUACCAAUGUUAUUUUUGGACACUAACGUUGAAGCAAUUAGGCGCCUAAGAUCUUAUAGUCAGAACGAGUUAAGUCUGAAAGACGAAAAGUUUAGUCCGGCUGAAGAAGGGGAAAACCCAUAUAUAUUAGAUAAAACUGGUGCUCUGAAGUCGUGCGACGAAGAAGAUGGCUUAAUUAAGUACACUCGUUUUACUACUUUUCUGUUCCCUUAUAUUUACAGCAGCAAGUUUAAUGAUUAUGAAAAGGUUGAUAGGAUGUUUUCUAAAAAAUGUUUUAAUUGUGGUAGUGAAGGUCAUGAGCUUGUCGGGUGCCAACAGGCCAGAAAUUUUGCAGAAAUUUUUAAAAACAGAAACGAAUUUAAUCAAACCCGAGCCCCUCGUUUUCUCCGAUAUACAGAGCAUACUGAUUUACUUUACGGGCAUUUGAAGCCGGGAGUUAUCUCGAAAGAGCUUGCGAACGGGUUGGGGAUGAAAGAAACAGACUUGCCUCCUUUUAUCUCCCAAAUGCUGAUCCACGGAUACCCCCCGGGCUACUUUAAAUUGGUGCAACGUGUUGGAGAGCCCCGUGCUUCGCUGCAGCAAACCGUGGAUUAUCCUGGCUUUAAUGUUCCGCCUCUUCCAGGCAUUAUCGUUACCGACCCAAGGAACCCGUAUUAUAGGAGGGAAGGAGAAUGUGCCAAGGAUGAGCGUAAAGAUAAGAGCAGGCUAGGAGACCUACACUGCCGCGACCGUACUCAGGAGCCUGGCAGCCAGCCUUUUUACUAUGUUCCCUGCUGGCAGCAGUAUCCGCCCAGGCUUAUGUGUGCCCAGCGGGUUUGGCGGUUUGACAGCCGGUACAGUCGUUUUCAGCGGAGGACGGACUGCUAUACGCUGGAUUACAACCACUGGCUAUGGCGUCGCAGGGGCCCGUGAGA